GAUGCUUAGUUGAUAUGAAUAAUCUCUUUAAUUCAAUGUCAAGAGAUGGUAUUCUACCUAACUGUCAUGUUUUUAACACACUGAUUAACGGAUACUCUAAAGCUGGCUUAAUGGAUGAGGCUAUGCUUAUACUUAAAGAAAUGCAGAAACAGGGAGUGACUCCAGAUGUAGUCAGCUAUGGAACCAUAAUACAUGCAUUUUGUAAAAUGGGGCUUUUGUACACAUGGCGAUUUGGUGAAAGCAAAGGAAUUCGUUACUGAAAUGAAGAAUAAAGGUAUGCGUCCUCCUGGUGUUGGGUUAUUCAAUUCAAUAAUGCACAACCUUUGCAACGAAGGAAGGGUAAUGGAAGCACAAGACAUCCUUGACUUGAUCGUACACACAGGUGAGAGGCCUGAUGUUAUCACAUUUAAUACACUAAUUGGUGGAUAUUGCCUAGUAUGCAAGAUGGAGGAUGCGAUGAAAGUAUUUGAUGCUAUGGUAUCAUAUAGUUUGGAACCUUGUAGUGUUACAUAUGGUAUACUUAUUAACGGCUAUUGCAAGAACAGAAGGAUUGACGAUGGACUUACUUUGUUCCAAGAAAUGUUGCGAAAGGGGGUUAAACCUACAGCUUUUAAUUAUAAUGUUAUACUGGAUGGGUUAUUUCUGGCUGGACGAAUUGUUGAUGCAAAGGAAAAGUUUCAUGAGAUGGUUGAAUCUGGAUUAAAUGUGUGCAUUGAUACAUACUGUAUAGUUCUUGGUGGACUAUGUAGAAAUAAUUGCUCUGAUGAAGCAAUCACAUUGUUCCAGAAGUUACGGACAGCAAAUAUGAAAUUUGAUAUUACAAUUGCCAAUAUCAUGAUUGGUGCAUUCUACAGGGUUCAGCGAAACCAAGAAGCUAAGAAUUUGUUUGCUGCAAUACCAGCCAAUGGGUUGGUAGCUAAUAUUGUUACCUACAAUAUAAUGAUGGGAAAUCUGAUAAAGGAAGGUUCAGUGGAAGAAGCUGACAAUCUUUUUUCAUCGAUGGAGAAGAGUGGAUGUGCUGCCAACUCUUGUUUGCUAAAUCAUAUCAUCAGAAAUCUACUGCAAAAGGGAGAGAUAGUUAGAGCUGGAAAUUAUAUGUCUAAAGCUGAUGGGAAGAACUGCUCGCUUGAAGCUAAAACUGUUUCGCUGCUGAUCUCUCUUUUUCAGCGGAAGGGAAAUAUAGGAAAAACAUAA